CUCUCUCUCUUCAAUUCUUCACUCAAUUACGUUAUAUUACAUAAACCUUACACCCUCUUUGUGAUUCCUCACCAAAAUCUUCUUCACCAUGGUUCCUCGUCAUUUGGUUUCCCUCUUCCUCUGUUUCCUCUGUUUUAUCACUGAUCUCUCUGUUUCUGCAAUUCGAUUACCCGACUUGGACCAAGAAGCUAAGGCCACGCAUGGAUCGGUGCUUAGAUUGAACAGAGGAGUCUCUUCAGUGAAGUUUGAUCCCACACGGGUCACUCAGCUCUCGUGGAGUCCUAGGGCUUUUCUGUACAAGGGAUUUUUAUCUGAGGAAGAAUGUGAUCAUCUGAUAAAUCUGGCCAAGGAUAAGCUGGAGAAGUCUAUGGUGGCGGAUAAUGAAUCUGGUAAAAGUAUAAUGAGUGAAGUCAGAACGAGUUCUGGGAUGUUUCUUAACAAGGCACAGGAUGAAGUAAUUGCUGAUGUCGAAGCCCGAAUUUCUGCAUGGACAUUCCUUCCUAUAGAAAAUGGUGAGUCGAUGCAAAUAUUGCACUAUGAGCAUGGUCAGAAGUACGAACCACACUUUGAUUACUUCCAUGACAAGGCUAAUCAAAUUAUGGGUGGCCAUCGGAUUGCCACUGUAUUGAUGUAUUUGUCUAAUGUUGAGAAGGGUGGGGAAACAAUUUUUCCGAAUUCUGGGGCAAAGUUGUCACAGCCAAAAGAUGAGAGCUGGUCUGAAUGUGCUCACAAAGGAUAUGCAGUGAAACCUCGGAAGGGUGAUGCCUUGUUGUUCUUCAGUCUACAUCUCGACGCAACUACGGAUACUAAAAGCUUGCAUGGAAGCUGCCCAGUGAUUGAGGGUGAGAAGUGGUCUGCAACUAAGUGGAUUCAUGUGAGUGACUUUGAUAAACCAGUGAAGCGAGUGGAUAGUGGGGAGUGUGUUGAUGAGAAUGAGAAUUGCCCUAGGUGGGCUAAAGUAGGUGAAUGUGAGAAGAACCCACUUUACAUGGUUGGCAGUGAAGGAGUCAGAGGAAGCUGUAUGAAGAGUUGCAAUGUUUGCUCUUCAUAGGGAGUCUCUUACAAUUUCAUUGUUAUUAAAUGCAUGUAGAGUCAUAAUACAUUGUCAAAUAUAUUGUACAUAACAUUCAUUUUUACUUAACUGCAACAUGGAACUCUCUUGCCAGUAACUUCCAUACCUGUUUUUCUAAAAUCUAAAAAAUUCUAG